AUGAUGACGAGUGGAAACUUGGCUUAUUUCACGAAAACUCGCAACCUUCGUCUGCACCACAAGAUUCACACGGUUCGUGAACUUCGUGCUGCAGUUUGUCGAACCCAACCUUCUACAGACAUAUCGAAUGGGGCGGUCGAUGAGGCUAGCGUUUGCACCUCUACGAGCGAUUCAGAAUCCGAACGUGUGCGGUGCGAAAUUUCUAGUUCUCGUCAGUACGUCGAUCGAGAAGAAUUUGGGGAGCACGGAGCGGCUUUUCUAUCCGGCAACUAUUAUCCUGUCGUCCAAGAGGUCACCGCCAGUUGCUCGUGCAACGAGCGUAAAGCCGUUGACGAGAAUCCAAGUAUGAGAGUUGUUGGUACUAUUCCUACUGAUUUUCCGCUAGGACAGUAUGCGUAUGUCGGACCAAAUCCAAAAUUCCCAGUGGAACACUACAAGCGUUGGGGUCAAGGUCCAGGACAACAGGAUUUCGGUCUAGGUGUUGGCUGGCAUCAUUGGUUCGAAGGUGACGGUAUGAUAUACGCCACAGACUUCUGUGCGGGUGAAAAAGUUAAAUACAGAAACCGCUUUAUUCGCACAACAAGCUGGGAGCGUGAAACCAAACACGGUGCGCGAAUUUUUAGGCCACUCAUGAACGCAGACGGUCCAACAUUUCUAGCAAACGCGUUGGCUAACUUUGUGCAGAGUGGGAAGUUCAUGAAGGAUAGCGCAAAUACAGCGUUAUUGCAUUUUGCCGGUCGCACUUAUGCUCUGCAAGAUACUUGCCCUCCUUGGGAGCUCGACGCAGAGACACUUGACACAGUCUCUGCUUCCACGUUUGACGGAAAAUUGCCAUGGUACGUCCCUUUCACAGCCCAUCCGAAAAUUCUACCAUGGACGGGGGAGCUAGUUUUUUUUGGUUUCAACCCCGUGUCACCACCGCAUUGUACGGUGGGCACGUUGACGCCGCAGGGCGAAGUUUCAAGCGUCAACCCGCUUUGGUCACUACCGUUUGUGGGGAGUAUUUUCAUGCACGAUUUCUGCGUAACAGAACAUUUCACGAUUAUUUUUGAAGGAAGCAUGGAUAUUAAGCCUAUUCGUCAAAUUCUCGGAAUUCAUCCACUACAGUAUAAUGAAGGCAAAAGAGCACGGUUUGGAGUACUGAACAGAGGAGCUCGCUCCAACAAUGUAUCUUGGUUCAACUGCAGCUGCGCGCAAAUGGUGUAUCACUUCAUAAACGCGUGGGAAGAUAAAAAUGCAAAAGGCGAACAACUGAUAGUAAUCGUCGGGGUACGUGAAGAUGGAUUUUUUCACGAGGCAAUGCGGCCAAAUGGGUCGAGCGCUUGGGUCCAACAGGCUGUGAGGAUUGGGGACAAGAUUCCGAGAGUGCACGAGUGGAAGAUCAAUCUCGUCACCGGCGAGGUAGCCGAGGAAUAUUUAUUUCACGUGCCGAUGGAGACGCCACGAAUCAACGACAAGUUUGUUGGAAUGCAAAAUCGGUACGCUUACGCAGGCAGAAUCUUGUUGUCUGAGCUUGAGACAUCGACGCAGUUGAAGUUUGAUGCUAUUGUCAAGAUAGACUUGCACGAGCGCAAGACGACAGUUUACGAGCACGGGCCGAAUCGCUACGGCAUGGAGGCGCAGUUCAUUGCUCGUCCAGGAAGCGAGGAGGAAGACGACGGCUGGUUAAUCAUGUACGUGCAUGACGAAAGUAACAUGUCGGCAGAUUAUCAGGGGUGUACACAGUGCGUGAUACUAGAUGCGCGAAACUUAGAGGCUGGGCCCGUAGCCUCCAUUUCGUUGCCAGAAAGAGUCCCUUACGGAGCGCACUGCAUGUGGAGAGCGGACAUGAUACGUCCUGGAGAGACCUUCAAAGGUGCUGCACACGACACAAAUGUCGUUGCAGUAGACGCCAAGAUCAAUCCGCAAAACCGACCAAAAUUGUUCGCAUUCACGGAUUCUCAAAAGGGAGAGUUAUUGGACGCGACUGCGCGCGGCAUUUCUAGACUGGCGCUAGGACUUUUUGUCCAUGGCUGGUCUCCUCGAAUAGCGUUCGAUGAUGUCAGUAGGUAUGCAUUCGUGCGGGGCGCUGGGUUGAGAUUGCAGGAGCUUAACGGGCUUGAAAAAGCAAGGGCGAGACAGUCAAAUGCCGAGAAGAUGAGCGAUGGGCUCUUGAUACCUACUUUAGAGCUGUACGAUAUCGAAGACGAUGGGUCGUGUCGUUUGGUGCGAGAAGUUCUCAACAUCUUGGAUGUUGCUUACGUGUGCAAGCCGUGUUCCCAGCACCUCUCAAAAUAUAGAUCCGAAUUAGAACUAUUACGAGGUGUUCCGACUGGUUCGGAGCAGAUCCCUUACCUUCGCGAUACUCGAGACGAAAGAGUCAAAAAGAUUGGUCCGGAUGCCAUUAUUCAAUACCUUUACAACGAGUAUCUAGAUGGCGAAAAGCCAUCGUUCCUUGUGUCGCUGGUAGGGUGGUUCUCAAAAGCUUCGGCAAGAACAAAUAAAACGUCGGGAUUCACUGGUUCGAGUACUGUGUUGGAGCAGCCAUUAGUUUUCUGGGCGUACGAAGCCUCGCCCUUUUGUGCUGUCGUCAGGAAAGCUCUUUACGAGCUCGGGCUUCCGCAUGUGGUACUUCCUUGCGCACGCGGCAGUAUUCGAAGAGACGCGUUGUAUAAGCGUGUAGGUGCGUUUCAAGUUCCUUUUCUCGAGGAUCCAAACACUGGCGUGUCUUUGUUUGAGAGUUCAGACAUAGUUGACUACCUAAAGAGGAUGUAUACAUCAUGA